AUGUCCGCAACGGUGGUCGCCCGCAGGCGGAAUAUCCAAUGCAAAAACAAGGUGAAAACAGGUUGUGCUACCUGCAGGAUAAGAAGGGUCAAAUGCGACGAGAACAAGCCGUUCUGCCAAAAAUGUCUCGGUACUGGCCGUACUUGCGAGGGCUACGAGUCUCCUUUCCGACUCGUGUUCACUGGCAAAGCCACAGAUAACUGUUCUUCCGGCGGUAGCAAUUCAGGGGCUGCUAGUUUACGAAUCAUCCAGCCCACAUUGACCGGGAUCGAGAUCGCCCCGCAGGACGUCGAGCUCCUCGGCCGCUACUUCUCAACCAAGACCAUGUUUGACGUGAAGCUAGGCCUCAACGAAGAAGCCAGGCAAAUCCUCCAAGCCAGUCUAAAUGACCCGCUAGUUCGCCACGCAGUCUCGUCCCUCAGAGCUCUUCGGCAACAUCUCGAGGCGUGCGGAACUGUUGCACUGUCAGUCACGGGGCGGACUCCGAGCAUCGCUUAUGACUAUGGCCUCCAGCAAUACUGCAUGGCUUUAGGGGGGCUCGCAUCGAAGCUGUCUUUCCCGGGCCCCCACGGACUGAAGUCGGCGUUACUCUGCUGUCAGCUGUUUAUCAGCAUUGAGCAAGUGCGCGGGAACUACGCCGCCAUGGCCCGUCACAUUAUCCAGGGGCUCAGCAUCAUGCAUGAACAUAGAGCCAGGCCGUAUCUGGUUGAUGGCAAAUUGAUGCCGGGGUAUCACAAGCAGAUGCCUCUGCUCGACGUUUUCAUCAUCAAGCUGUUCGCCGCACCUUGCAAAUUCGCGGACCCUCCAGCAGCAGUCGAUAUCAGCGGGACAAGGACGGCUGUGUGGUUGACUCCGCCGCAUCAGCAGUCCGCUGAAUCUCGCAAUCUGCGUACGAUUGCACCAGAUAUACGAACGGGGCUUACGAGGAUUGCUCUCACAAUGCUUGAGUUCCUCGACAAAGUUUCGAUUUGCAAAUCAUCGACGAGCGCUCUCCAACUCCUAUCCGAGAGGGCAUCUCUCAUGGGCUUGUUAGAAUUGUGGCUGAUUGACCUUGAACUGGUCCUGAAGGAUACUAGACCUCAACCUGAACCCCUUUCAGUGUGUUUCCUGCGCUUCUUCCAUCAGACACUGAAAACUGUUCUCUUGGGGGCUCUUGAAUUCUCGCCGGAUCGAGAUGCGGAGCUGCGGACCGAGAUUGGCAGGUUACAUCCUAUAGCCAGCACGAUAGAUGAAGGCGUCAAGGCUUAUAGAACAGGAAGUGGGGUUAGAAGUGGCCGAUCGAAGGGAACUUUCUGA